UCUUUAGUUUUAAAAAAAGAGUCAUUUGUGUGCGUAAAAAUGAAGCUGUUCCAUCAUUUCAUAUUUCCAGUGGCAAACAGAGGACAAUAAUGUAAGCAAUCAUGGUUUACAGGUUAUUUAUUUGCUCCGUGGCGGCCGCUGAAUGUCUGAGACAUCAACCAGCUGCAGAGCUUCGGUAAGUUUGUAUCACAACCGAUCCAAAGUGCGUCCAGCCUUCUCACGCACAUGAAAGUCUUACCUCGCCCUCCCCCUUCUUUUUACUAUAAGGCAGGCCAGCGAGCCGCGCAAACUUUCACUACCCACAGCUCUGCAAAGACACCUCGCCCGUGCGUUCCUGCUGCGCUCUGGUUCCGCCAGCUUCUCUCUGGAGCCGUGGAAUUAAAUAGAAAGUCGCUGCAGACAGACUUUACAGCUCAAAAGUGGAGUGAAGAGAAGUAAAGGACGAGAUCUUCCCGGUCUCGAUUGGGCUAUUUGAGGGAGCGACAACCUAGUCACGCUCCGUCUCUGCAUUUUUUCCAUUUCUGUUGCGCAGAUCGUUGCACUUUGUUGCAUCUAAAAGGACAAUCUUUUUUUUUUUUUUUUUUUCAAAGAGAAAAGUGGCUUUCGGUUACAUUUACGCAUGGUACGGAUGGUGAAAGACCCGACGCCGUGCGCCGAUUCCUCUCCUGAUUCUAGGCACCGGGUUUGGACACAUCUCCCGCUGUGAGGCUCCAGGGGUUCAUGUACUGGAAAAAUGAAGUUUUGUCCCCUCUUUCAGAGGGAAAUAAGAUUCUAUCUGAAGGAAUCCCCACCAAGCAGUCUCACUCGGAAGGAGAAUCCCAGCGGUCCAACAUGGAGCGGGAGGAGACCCGCUCGUCUCCCAGCACUCCGUCCACCCCCUCCUGCUCGCCAACCUCCACCGCCAGCUCUGUGCCGUCAACCGGGAAGAACCUGUGCGCCAGCUGCGGUCUGGAGAUCCUGGACAGAUACUUGCUCAAGGUGAACAAUCUGAUUUGGCACGUGCGCUGUCUGGAGUGCUCGGUGUGCAGAACGUCAUUACGUCAGCACAGCAGCUGCUACAUUAAAAACAAGGAGAUCUUCUGCAAAAUGGAUUAUUUCAGGUUUGGUACUAAGUGUGCCCGAUGCGGGAGGCAGAUAUAUGCCAGUGACUGGGUGAGACGCGCGAGGGGGAAUGCAUACCACUUGGCCUGUUUUGCAUGCUACUCCUGCAAGAGGCAGCUGUCCACGGGAGAGGAGUUCGGCCUGGUGGAGGAGAAGGUCUUGUGUCGGAUCCACUACGACACCAUGGUGGAAAACCUCAAACGAGCAGCUGAGAGUGGAAAUGGCAUCACAUUGGAGGGAGCAGUUCCGACAGAACAAGACAGUCAGCCCAAACCGGCCAAAAGAGCACGGACGUCCUUCACUGCAGAGCAGCUCCAGAUCAUGCAAGCCCAGUUUGCUCAGGAUAAUAACCCAGAUGCCCAGACGCUCCAGAAACUGGCAGACAUGACGGGCCUCAGCAGGAGAGUCAUACAGGUGUGGUUUCAAAACUGCAGAGCAAGACAUAAAAAGCACACACCCCAGCACAGCGGGGCUCCGCAGGGUCAUCCGCAGUCCAGGAUACCCUCAUCACUACCCGACGAGCUGCAUUACUCCCCUUUCGGCAGUCCUGAGCGCGCGCGCAUGGUGGCGCUUCAUGGCUACAUCGACAGUCACCCCUUCUCCGUCCUGACCUCUCAGACACUCCCUCACCAGGCCAUGGCACUCCCUCAGCUCCCACUCAGUCGCUAGCUUGCCCCCCUGACCUCUGACUUCUGGAUCCAUACCCGCAAUCUCCUAUCACCGCCCUGAACUCACUCAAAGAUUGCGCAGGAGUCAAAAGCCGCCGGGAGCCCUGUCAGCACGUAAACAAGGAAAUUAACUUGAGAGACAAACCUCAAAAUGUUCUCAUUUUUAUAUGGACACUGAUCCAGUUGCCAACCCAUCAGAGGCGAUAUAAAGACGUUGAUAAUUAGCAGGAAGUCACUCACUACAUUUUCCUCCACCCGAGGGACCGAUUCUGCUUUGUACAGUAUUUUCCAUUCGAUUCAUCCAGCUUCUCAGCUGAAGAUAAAGGGACUUCUAAAGGAAUGAAACUGAUAAAGGAAACUGGACUGAAGCUUCCUGAGUGCUGUCUGAAAGCUGUUCAUCAAUUUACAGUAAAGGGGAUGUGCCGGAGGGGCAGGGCAGAGAGGUAAGACCCCUAUGUUUUCUUGCUCAGCAACCGUGAAGGAAACCCAGAUUUUAACAGAAAGUUGUUUACUUUUAAAAUGACCAUUAAUGUAGGGACUUUAAAAAAAACAGAAGGAAAAUUCCAUAAAUUUCUUUGGGGGUGAUUUUUUUUUUUUUUUUACUAAAUGAGGUUGAGAAUGUGCCUUAUCUAAAAACUCUGUUGAUUCCUAGAAAUAUUUUUUUUGUAGACAAAUAAUGAAGGCAUUAAUAACACUUUUUACCAUCUUGAUAGAAAACUAAAGGAAAAAAGUAUUUUGUUUAACAGCUGAUAAAAAAUGGAAUAAAGCACAAGAUUGGGCCUUGUGUAUUAUUAAAGUAUGAUGGUUGUUGUGAUAAAAGCAAACCUGAGUUUAUCAUUUCAGUUAUCUAUUUCUCUUAAACUGGAUUUGUUACAUAAGCACCCCGAAUGUUUAAUAUCACCAGUUUAUAAUUUAUGAUGUUCUUGCUUCAUUGUUUCCACACAAUGAGGGACUGUGUAUUGGUACAAUAUGGGCAGUAGAAAGCUGAUUAAGUUUGUACAUAGUAAGCUGAGUGCUGAUGAUGGUGUGUGUGUGUGUAAGCGUGCGUGUUUCUGUGUGCACUGACAAGUGUGCGUCUGUGUUUUUGUGACAUGGCCAUUGUGUGAAGAACAGGAUCCACCAAAACCUCAAAUCCUUUGUAUUUAUUGAGUUGGUAAAUCCCUGUAAAGCACUUUUCCCCUCUCAAAGAUGAGUUUUUUUGACAAAAAAAAGUGAAAAAAAAGGUUGACAAAAAGGUUUACUGAUAGACUGUGCUUCAUAAAUGUUUUGUGUCAUACAAUGCAAUAAAAUAGAAUGUUAAAU